CGGCUUGUAGCCAUGGCUCGGUUCGCUGCCCUAUUGCUUUUACCUGUUCUCAUUGAAUCGGUAUUUUCGAUUUCUUUCUUUCUACCUGUAAAUUCAAGGAAAUGUCUACGGGAAGAGAUCCACAAAGACGUGCUCGUCACGGGGGAGUAUGACAUCAACGACGAGACCAACACCAAAACCAACCUGAAGAUCACAGACUCAUCAGGACACAUUCUCUACUCGAAGGAAGAUGCAACGAAAGGGAAGUUUGCCUUCACAACAGAGGAUUAUGACAUGUUUGAAGUGUGCUAUGAGAGCAAGUCACCAAUGGGAACUGGGAGAGUCCCAGACCAGCUGGUUAAUCUGGACAUGAAGCACGGCGUGGAGGCCAAGAACUACGAGGAGAUCGCCAAGGUGGAGAAGCUGAAGCCCCUGGAGGUGGAGCUAAGGCGGCUGGAGGACCUAUCAGAGUCCAUUGUCAACGACUUUGCCUACAUGAAGAGGAGAGAGGAGGAGAUGAGGGAUACCAACGAGUCCACCAACACCCGCGUCCUGUACUUCAGCAUCUUCUCUAUGUGCUGUCUGAUUGGCCUGGCUACCUGGCAGGUCUUCUACCUACGACGCUUCUUCAAGGCAAAGAAGCUCAUCGAGUAGAGAGGCAUCACCACUCCGCCCAGGGAGAGCAGCCAAUGCUCACCCGAUCAACCUCCACCCUCCUUGGACUAACUUCACCAAAACUAGAGCUGUGUCCGAAAUGACUGGAGGAGAUGGAGACCCGCGCACUGUCGAGGGGGG